GAAUCAAAAUAAUUCCUUGGGGGCUGGAUGGUUGUUAGGUCUGGCAAGCAUUUCAGCCUUUUACAGAGCUGCACAUAAGGCAUCAUUUUGCCAGAUACAGCUUUAUCUACAAUGGUAACACUACAAUAGGAAAAACAUCUUGAGAAAGCUAUUUCAUAUAAGUUUUAGUGCUAUUUAUAUAGGAUAGGAUAUAGUAGCUGGCCACAAUAGAAUUGCACUGGAGCUGAAUUUCUGAAAUUUCAAUCACAACUGAAGAGAAUCUAGGUAUGUGGUUCCUGGAUGUUUUUGCUUUUCCGUGAAACAUUUUCAGUUGUAAUGAUGGGAAAGUUAAAGGGUUUUGCUUACGUGUUAACUGAGCAUCCCAGUAGUCCACUGAUGAUUUAUAGGUAUGUCAUUUUUGUGCACAGCACAACUGCUGUGAUGAUGCUACAAGUCAUAAAGCAGAGAAAAUAAUCAUAAGUUUCAAGUACACAUCCAUUUACUUGGCUUUAUUGCUGUAACUUUUUUAUUUGUGGGUUUUUACAUGGGAAUUGUAGAGCUGACCAUACUGAAAAAGACUGAAAGAAAAAAAGAAUUGGAAUGCGGUCAAUCCUCAGUUUAUUAAGAAGAUAGGUUUAUUCUGUAGGUUCUUAAGUUUAAUUUGUAUGUUAAUUGGAUCAGGUACAUUUUAAAGUGUAACUUCAGCCCCCAAUUUUGUUUUAUUAGUUUUUGAUGGUAUGGAGAUGGGUUAAAACCCAUGUGAUGUUUGUUUUGCUGUAUGUGCCUCUGUUCAGAGAUUUCAUCUCACUUUCUGUCAGUGUGAAAAAUGGAUUUUGAUUUUUUUUUACCUUGUUGAAACUAGGAUUGGUGAUAAAACUUCAGUGGAUACAUAUUUUUCCCCCGGUAGUUCCCUUCAUAUGAGUAUUUCCCUUUCCAGAGGUAGAUUUUAUCUCACUUCCUGUUGUCUCACCCCCGUUUGUAACUAGGAGCCCUAUGUAAGUCUGAUGUUUGAAAUUCAGACUUCUAUCAACAGACAAUGGUUUCCUAUAUACAUAUAUCACAAUGCUAGUUAAUUCUUCAGCGGAUGACAACUCUUUUGGCCAAUUUAUUAUAUUCCCCUUUUUGGUUCCCCUGCCAGCAUCCAGUAUUUCCUUCCACCAUUCAUAUAGUUACCUACUCUGGCUUUAGGCAACUUCUUUUUUACCUGCCUUUCCCACAAUAACCAUUGUUAAAACUGAGCUUAUCACCUCAACAUAUCCACUGGUUUUGCGUUCCUAUUACUAUUAAUACACAACCAGCUCAUCCAUAGCAAUAAAUGGACUUCAUGCAUCUUGAAGAAGUAGAUUUAAGACUACAAAAAUCAAUCCCAAUAGCUUUUUUUCAGUCUCAGAGUUGUUACACAAUUUGUAUACCGAUCCAGACUCAGCUAUGUCUUGGAGAUAUUUUUUCUGGUUAGAGAUAGUUUUGUGGUUCGCCCAUGAAGACUAAUGGAUCUUUCAUGGCUCCAGAAAACUUUAGAAAGUUUUAUGGAUGGUAUACAUUAUGAUCCUGGUGAAGAACUAAAAUCUGGUUAGGACUAUUGCCAAAUGUCCUCGCCAACCUGUUACUAAUUGGACACCUUUGUUUACAGAAGACUUGCAGGAAAUCAAAAUGGGAAGGAUGACAAUUGGAGUGGAAAACUCAACUUAUUCUUGACAAGAGAUGAUGCAGACAACAUAUUCCUGUAAGGGCACUUCCAGACAGGGCUUAAACCCACUUCAGAGCUGAUGAAAGCUGUUUUAGAUGUCAUUAUAGCAGACGCUGACAUUGGGUGUCCAGCAACUCCCAUCAGUCGGAUUACCCUGGGUAGAUUUCAUUUAGUGAAUGACACAGAUGUGAGCAAGCUGCUGGAAAAAAUGAGAACAAUUUGUCUUCUUGUCAUCCAAUUUGUCAUCUAGGAGGAUAUACAGUUAAAUAUUACAAUGCAAUAUAUUUACAGUACAUCUCAGGGAGGUAAGUUUAAAAGAAGUAGUAUGAUCACAUUUAAAAGCACAUUUCUUGGAUACCCUGGACUUCAUCAAUUUUAGACUAGUAUAAAAUAUUCCUCCUUAGAUACAAGGUGACCGAGAAGGCAGUUGCCUUUCAACUCCAAGCUGUCGGAUGAUACAAGUUUUCUAAACCUAUUUCAAACUGACUUCAGAGCAGGGUAUGGAGCCGGGAAUUGUAGUUACCUUAAUGCAGCAUCUCUUAACAGGUUGAGGGGAGAGUGUGUAUUUUGCUGGUUCUUUUGGUUCUCAAAGCAAUAUUAAAUACCAUUGACCAUGCAAUCCCCUUGGAAUGUCGUGUUGAAAAUUGGGAGCAUUGGGCUUCAGUGAUUCUAGCCCUAUGGCUAGGUAGAGUCCAGUUGGUAGUGCUUGGGGAUAGCUGCUCCUCAAAAAGGAGUUGUUACAUGGCAUACUACAAGGUGCUCUUCUUUCUCCAAUGCUGUUUAACAUUUACAUGAAACUGCUGGGAAAGGGAUCCUCCAGUGGCUUGGAGUGGGAUGCUAUCAGUAUUCUGAUAGCACCCAAAUAUUCUUCUCCAUGCCCUCAAAGAUAGUCUCAGUCAAGGAUAGUAUGUCUUCUCUUAAUGAAUGACUGAAAGAGGUAAUCAGUUGAAUGGAGAAGAACAAUCAUGUGAAUCCAGACAAGAUGGAGCUUAUCGUCAAUUGUUCUGAUAUGGAUUUAGAGGUGUGUUCACCAGUCCUGGGUGGGAUUAUACUCUCCCUAAAAGACUGUUCACAAUUGAGGAGUGUUCCAGGAUGCAUUAUUUCAAAUGAAAGUCCAAACAGAUGCAACAGCCAGGAGCUGAUUAAUAUGUUUUAAUCAUAUAUAAGUGUAUGUGUGUCAAUUCCCCUGUCUUCUGAGUGUUGUUCUGUAUUUUAUUUAUUUUAGAGUUUUUAAUACUGGUAGCCAGGAGAAUUCCAGACAAGAAACAAUCAGGACCAGUUAACACCUCUCAACGAAGGAUUCCCCCCAGGCAGGAAGCAGCCAAGCUUUGAAGCUGCCAGGCUAUUCAGUGCUAAUCAAUCUGGCCAAUUGCAACAUUCACACUUGCCUCAGGCAGACAAAGAGUUCUUUCUCCCACCCGAACAUUCCACAGAUAUAUAAACCCCACUUGCCUGGUUUCCAACAGACCUCACAACCUCUGAGUAUGCCUGCCAUAAAUGAGGGUGAAAUGUCAGCAGAGAAUGCUUCUGGAAUAUGGCCAAGUUGUUGUUUAUUCAUUCAGUCGCUUCCAACUCUUCAUGACCUCAUGGACCAGCCGACACCAGAGUUUCCUGUCAGCCGUUGCCACCCCCAGCUCUUUCAAGGUCAAGCCAGUCACUUCAAGGAUAACAUCCACCCAUUGCCCUUGAUCGGCCCCUCUUCCUUUUUCCUUCAAUUUUCCCCAGCAUCAUUAUCUUCUCCAAGCUUUCCUGUCUUCUCAUUAUGUGGCCAAAGUACUUCAUCUUUGCCUUAAUAUUCUUCCCUCCAGUGAGUAGUCGGGCAUUAUUUCCUGGAAGAUGGGCUGGCUUGAUCUUCUUACAGCCCAAGGCACUCUCACAAGUUUCCUCCAACACCACAGUUCAAAAGCAUCUACCCUGUUUCCCCUAAAAUAAGACAUCCCCAAAAAAUAAGACCUAGUAGAGGUUUUGCUCAUUUGCUAAAUAUAAGGCCUCCCCCGAAAGUAAGACCUAGCAAAGUUUUUGUUUGGAAGUUUACCCAGCGCCUGCCAAACAGAACACCAGAGCAUGCAGUAUUGGUAAAUGUGCAUACCAGUUGUAUAUGGAAAUAAUGGUAGUAACAAGAAAUUCUUGACAGAAGUCACAGUUUCUCUGGUAUGGUUAUGUUGGUUUGUGAUGACAACUACUGUACAGUAUAGAAUAAAUGUUCAUUUUUUUUGUUCAACAAUAAAUGUGAAUUCUUCUUCAUGGAAAAAUAAGACAUCCCCUGAAAAUAAGACCUAGCACAUCUUUGGGAGUAAAAAAUAAUAUAAGACACUGUCUUAUUUUCAGGGAAACAUGGUAUUUUCCUUCAUUCAGCCUUCCUUAUGGUCCAGCUUUCACAUUCAUAGGUUACCACGGAGAAUGCUAUUAAUUUUAUUGAGAUUGGUCAUUGCUUUCCUUCCAAGAAGUAAACGUCUUCUGAUUUCCUGACCACAGUCUGCGUCCUCAGUAAUCUUCACACCUAGAAAUAUAGUCUGUCACUGGCUCCACAUUUCUCCCUCUAUUUGCCAGUUAUCAAUCAGUCUGGUCGCCAUAAUCUUGGUUUUCUUGAUGUUUAACUGCAACCCAGCUUUUGCGCUUUCUUCUUUCACCUUGGUGAUAAGGCUCCUCAGCUGCUCCUCGCUUUCAGCUAUCAAAGUGGUAUCAUCUGCAUAUCUAAGGUUGGUAAUGUUUCUUCCUGCAAUUUUAACUGUAGCCUUGGAUACAUCAAGCCCCUCACAUUGCAUGAUGUGUUCUGCAUACAAGUUGAAUAGGUAGGGUGAGAGUAUACAGCCCUGCCGUACUUCUUUCCCAAUCUUGAACCAGUCUGUUGUUCCAUGGUCUGUUCUUACUGUUGUCACUUGGUUGUUAUAUAGAUUUCUCAGGAGACAGACAAGGUGACUUGGUAUCCCCAUCCCACCAAGAACUUGCCGCAAUUUAUUAUGAUCCACAUAGUCAAAGACUUUAGAAUAGUAAAGAAAACAGAAAUAGAGGGUUUUUCUGAAACUCCCUGCCUUCCUCCAUUAUUCAGCGGAUAUUGGCAAUUUGCUCUCUCAUUCCUCUGUCUUUUCUAAACCCAGCUUGUGCAUCUGGCAACUCUCACUCCAUGUAUUGCUGGAGUCUACCUUGCAGAAUCUUGAGCAUUACCUUACUGGCAGGAACAUGGCCAUACAGCCCGGAAAACUCACAGCAAUCCAGUGAUUCCAGCCAUGAAAGUCUUCGAUAAUACAUCAAUCACCCUGUUGGAAUGGACAGACAAUAGCUGAGAAAAUAUUGUAAACUAUCUAAGAGGCAUAUUUUUCUCAAAUACCCAAGGAAACAGAAAGUAAAGGCCGAUGUAUACCACCUGUAGCAUUCCUUUAUCGAAUACCCUGUUUCCCUGAAAAUAAGACAUCCCCAGAAAAUAAGUCCUAGUAGAAGUUUUGCUGAAUUGCUAAAUAUAAGGCCUCCCCCGAAAGUAAGACCUAGCAAAGUUUUUGUUUGAAAGCAUGCAGGAUCGGUAAAUGUACAUACCAUAGAUUGUUGUACAUGGAAAUAAAGGUAGUAACAAGAAAUAAUAAUAUUAUAAUAACUUUAUUCUUUAGGCUUGAGCGAUCCAUGAAAAAAUUGAUUCUAAACUCGUUUCAAAAGUAGGGGGCGCCAGCGUUUCGUUUCUGUGGUCAAUUCCGAAUUUUGCCCCCCAAAAAAUUCAAAAUUAACGAAAAUUCGUUAGUUUCAAAAUUGAUUCGUUAAUGGCAGACGCGCAUGCGCAGUGGCCAAAAAAAACAGCACGAGGGGAGAUUUUACAGGACUCUCCCGCCCUCAUUUUUUGAGUGAUCUUCUUCAAACUUGGUACAGUGGUAGAACACAUUUAACACUGAUAGCUCACCAAAAUUUGGAACGUUUCCCUUAUCCUCUGAUUUUUAGCGAAUUUUCAUAGCUUUUAUAAUAAACCAUUUUUUAAUAAUUGCAGAAAUCUGUUCCUGGUUUGAAAGUCUUAUUUCCUGUUAAAUUGGGUUGUCUUUACUGUGAAAGUCAUUGUUCUACUUCAGAAACUUUGUUUUUGUGGCUGAAACUUUGUUAAAUUAGUGUGUGUGUGAUAUAUACUGUAUAUAUAUAUAUAUAUAUAUAUAUAUAUAUAUAUAUAUAUAUAUAUAGUCCCUGCAUAUGUGUGUGUGUGUGUGUGUGUAUAGGUAAAGGUAAAGGUAUCCCUUGACGUUAAGUUCAGUCAUGUCUGACUCUGGGGGUUGGUGCUCAUCUCCAUUUCUAAGCCCAAGAGCCAGUGUUGUCAAUAGACACCUCCAAGGUCAUGUGGCCGGCAUGACUACAUGGAGUGCCAUUACCUUCCCGCCAGAGCGGUACCUAUUGAUCUACUCACAUUGGCAUGUUUUCAAGCUGCUAGGUUGGCAGAAGCUGGAGCUAACAGCGGGCACUCACUCUGCUCCCGGGAUUUGAACCUGGGACCUUUCAGUCUGCAAGUUCAGCAGCUCAGUGCUUUAACACACUUCGCCAUCGGGGCUCAUGUAUAUAUAAUAUACAUACACAUACACACAAUGUGGAGAAUAUGUGGAAAGGUAGAUAGAUAAGUUGGGAGCCACAGCGAAGGCACCUUCCUGGGAGCAAGGUCUAAUAAUAAUAAUAAUAAUAAUAAUAAUAAUAAUAAUAAUAAAUCCCUUACAAUAUCCAAGAUAGCUCACUGCUACAGAAAAUUUGGGAGGUUUAGUUUGGUAUGGUACCAUUAUUGGCAGAGAAAGCUAAGCUGUAGGAGUUGAAAUCCAAUCAUUUAUCCUCCCUAUAGAAUCAAUUUUAUAUGCAUUUUUAGCUACAGAAAAGCUAAAAUCAGGACAGUAAAAAAACAACACCCAGAAAAUGGGAAUUCCAGACAGGAAACAAUCAGGGCCAGCUAAUACCUCCCAACAAAGGAUUCCCCCAGGUAGGAAGCAGCCAGGCUUUGAAGCUGCAAGGCUAUUCAAUGCUAAUCAAGGUGACCAAUUGCAACAUUCACACUUGCCUCCCACAGACAAGAGUUCUUUCUCCCACCCUGGACCUUCCGCAGAUAUAUAAACCCCACUUGCCUAGCUUCGCACAGACGUCAAAACCUCUGAGUAUGUCUGCCACAGAUGUGGGUGAAACGUUAGGAGAGAAUGCUUCUGGCACAUGGCCAUAGAGCCCGGAAUACAUACCACAACAGUGUGAUCCCGGCCAUGAAAGCUUUCGACAACACAACCACAGUAUCCAUUCAAGUUCAUGUAGCGUCGUAUGGAGACCUGUAUUGGGGGGAGGGAGGGUGCGAAUCUGGGCCCCUGGGAGUCGUAGUCCUCCCUCCCUCCCUCCCCGGGAGCAGUCGAGGACGGGCCUGGCCCACACCCCCUCACAUCCCGGGACUCUUCCUCCUCACCGCCGGGCCCCGCGCCAGCCUCCAUCUCUGCGUGUCUCUGUCUCUCUCGGUCUCUCCAUUCCCGGCUCCAUCCGCCGCCUUCCCGCCUCACAGAGAGACACCAGGCCUGAGCUGAGGCGAGGCGGUGGCGGCCAUUUCCCCCCUCCGUCUUCCUCCUCCUCCUCGGCCUCCUUCCCCCUCGCCCCCUCCCAUUGGCUGAGCCCGUGACGCCCCUUUUGCUGAGGGGCAAAAGGAAAGGGCCUGAGGCUGUUAGGAAUGGUGGGAGUUUGGGUGAUUUGCAAAAGCUUUUUUUCCUAACGAAAAAAACGACGACAUAACAAAAAACGGCCUCUCGCGGUUCGAAACCGCGAUAUCCAGACGUGUGGACAAUCAAGGCCGUAUAUUGCUUCAAAAGUAACGAAAGUAACGAAUUAAUAACGGGUAACGGGGAAAUCGAAUUAUUUGAGCAAGCCUAUUAUUCUUGUAUCCCACCUCCAUCUUCCAGAAGGGACUCAGGGCAGCUUACACAGGGACAAGCCAAACAACAACAACAUAAAUGUACAUACAAACAGAAAUUUAAAACAGUAAUUUAAAAACAGUAUAGAAAUAAAAUAUAAUAUAGAAAUUCUUGAAAGGUUAUGCUGGUUUGUGAUGACAACUACUGUACAGUAGAUAAUAAAUUUUCAUUUAAAAAAAAAUCAACCAUAAAUGUGAAUUCUUCUUUGUGGAAAAAAAAGACAUCCCCUGAAAAUAAGACCUAGCGCAUCUUUGGGAGCAAAAAUUAAUAUAAGACACUGUCUUAUUUUUGGGGAAACAGGGUACAUGUUGCCGUCCCACUGUUUUUGUGUUCCUUGCAAUGUUAUUCUCAGCCACAAGGUGAUGCAAAGAGAUACUCAUCUACAGCUUUAAUGUUCAUCUUUCUGUGAGGAUGUGAGGUGAAUCACCUCACAUCCUCACAGAAAGAUGAUGAACAUUCCUCUUACAAUGUGUUGUGUUAUGGAAAUUAUUGUGUUCUCUUUUAUACGGAUGAAAACAUUUAACCAUAUCACAGGACAGUGGUAUUUUAUAGCUUUAUUUCUCUGAUAAGUAUCUCCUAUAGAAGAGGCACAUGAAGUUGAACAUAUACGAGAUGAUGUCACAUCUUUCUCCCCAUUUCUUAAAACCAUCGUUGCAUUAGGUAUAUUUCGGAUAAACAUGGGUGGAAGAGACAACAUGGCUAGUGCAUUGUUUCAUACUCCGAAUUCUAUGCCUACUCUCAGAACACCCUGCUGGGAUUCUCAAGGUCUAGAAAAGAUCCUCUUCUGUCUUAAGAAAAGACAUUGGAGUAGAGGUUUCUUUUUCAAUUGAUGAGAUGACGACUGUAUUGUUACUACAUAAAAGGUUAUGUUUCUUACAACCUCUGCAAGCCCUGUGCCACUGUUGGCCCAGUAUAAUUAUCCACAAGCUGCUCAUGGUUCAAACUAGUUUUGGAGAUGAAAAAUUUCCAUGGUUGAUAGGGCUUCUCUCUUGCUGUAUGGCUUUCUUCUUGCUAUAUUGUUUUUCCAGUUGCCAAAUUCAGUCGACCCUCCACAUUUGCAUGUUACACAUUGACAAUUGUGGAUAUUUGCAGAUUACUUAUAUUUGCUGUAGCCUCUGCUGCUUCCUGAUACAUAAUCAAAAAAUAUGUUCUCUCCAAGCAUUUCCAGAUCUUCCAGCAUGGUAUUAUUAUUGUUGUUAUCAUUGUCAUCAUCAUCUUGCUUUUAUCUCAUGAUCAAUUCUAUGGUCAACUUCUGGCAGUGGUUUACCAUGGAAUUGUGCUGGAAGACCUAGACAUUCAUUUAGGUUUUUAAAAAGUUUUCCAUUUUUGUAACUCCCAUGAUUUCAGAGGACUUCAGACAUAGGUUUCAGUUCAUUUAAAACACGUCCUUAAUUCCAUCCCUAAAAACACAUAAGCCAGAGGGUGUCAUUCAAGGUGAUUGACACAGGAUAAGCAGCAAUAUGGUUUUACUGGCUUGGAGCAAUGUGUAAAAUAACUGUCUGAUGCACUUUUUAACAAGUAUUUCCUGUCAAAAAGAACCUGAGGUGGAGCAUCUUUUUAUACCUUGGUUUUCAUUUGUAAUGCACUGUAAUACAUCACGUGAAGGCCCAAACCCACUAAAUAGUAAAAUGAGGGAUUAUUUCCACUGCUCCUCUGCUGCUGGCAGAGAUUUCUCUAAAGUGGAUUACACUGAUUAGUAUUAGGAUGACGUAUUGUAGAUCCAGCUUUAAUCAUUUGCAACUGUGAAGCUGUUAUUCCUUUGCGUAGAAGGGACCACCAGAAAUAGUAGCACAUGCCAUUUGCCAAUAAUAUUUUUUUUCCACUUGCGGAAAACUUGUUAAUUUUGCCCACAUCGCUUCAACUUCUGGCUUGGCAAGAUGAAAAUGUCAAAGAAUGGCUUGACUAGAGCAACCCUAUUUGGACUCUCCAAGGCCUGAAUGGUGGCAGAUCGUCUUUUGCCGUUGUUCCCUUUACCAAAAAAGGAUUAAUUUUUGUGGAGGCUUAAUACAUUUGGCAUUUCUAAGAUGGCGUUGUUGAAACUCAAGUUCAACCAGAAGAAAAGGGUAAAACUAGCACAAGGACUAUGGCUCAUGAAUUGGUUUUCAGUGUUUGCAGGGAUCGUUGUUUUCUCAAUGGGGUUGUUCCUGAAAAUUGAGCUCAGGAAGCGAAGUGAUGUGAUGGACAAUGCAGAAAGCCACUUUGUGCCCAAUUCCUUGAUAUUGGUGGGUAUACUAGCAUGUGCGUUCAAUGCAUUUGCAGGCAAGAUAUGCUACGAUUCUCUGGAUCCUGCUAAAUUUGUGAAGUGGAAGCCUCUUGUAAAAGUUUAUCUAUUGUCAUGCUCAUUUUUUAUCAUCUUCAUCUUUUUUGUUGCUCUCUUUUGCUUUCUGCUGAGGGGUUCUCUGGAAAGUACACUAGCGCAAGGGCUAAAGAGCGGGAUGAAAUUCUAUCGUGAUACAGAUACUCCUGGAAGGUGCUUCAUGAAGAAAACAAUUGAUUUGCUCCAGAUGGAGUUCAAAUGCUGUGGAAACAAUGGUUUCAGAGACUGGUUUGAGAUUCAGUGGAUCAGCAACAGAUACUUGGACUUUAGCUCCAAGGAAGUGAAAGACCGUAUUAAAAGCAAUGUGGAUGGCAGAUACUUGGUGGAUGGUGUCCCCUUCAGCUGCUGUAACCCAAGCUCUCCACGACCCUGCAUCCAGUAUCAGGUUUCGAACAACUCAGCUCACUACAGUUACGACUUCCAGACAGAAGAGCUCAACUUGUGGAACCGGGGAUGCAGGGAGGCUCUGCUGAAGUACUACGGUGGCAUCAUGAGCUCCAUGGGGGUCUUCGUUCUCUUCGUCUGGCUUUUUGAGCUGUCGAUCAUGAUAGGCUUGCGGCUGCUGCAUACCUCCCUGGAGAGCAUUGCCAACCCAGAAGAUCCAGAAUGCGAGAGUGAAGGGUGGGUUCUGGAGAAGAGCCUGAAGGACACUUUCAAAAGCACCUUGGAAAAUUUGAAAAGUAUGGGUAAAUUUAAUCAAGUGGAUGCAAGUGCGGAAGGUGCAGAAGGCGAAGGAGCAAAAACCCAAGCAGUCACAACCGUCAGUUGAGUAUCUUGUCUACUAAGACUGUUCAGAGACUGAGAUGUGUGAAUAUCCACUUUUUAAAAGUCGUAAGCCAUCACAGCUAUACAUUUGUAUACACCAAACACUCACUUUUGUACAUAUGGCCAAUAUAGUAUAGUUCACAUCGGGAUAAUAGAGGCAUCCUUAUGUUGGGGCAUGAGACAGCCAGUAACGUCUAUGGGAAAUGGCUAUAACAUGAUAUUUCUCGAAGCAAAUAACAUCAAGUUAUUAGGCUUGUUAUAUUCCCAUCUCAAAUAAGAUUUGCAGAGUAAAACACUGGAUGGUAUUAUCUUUUAUUUUUGUCUCUUGCCAUUGGAAUCUAAAUGGGGAAGUUUAAAAGUAAAUUAUUUUUGUACUAAAGUUUAUGAGAUAUUUGAAAAAAACCCUUUAAAAUAGAUAGAUUAGUAGGAAAAAACAUAGUUUAAGAUGUCAAGCCAGAUAAAAGAUUCAUAGAAAGGUGUACAGUUUGAAAGCUCAUCUGGACAAAAUCAAAGGUUUAAAGUUGUUAUUGAAGGGCAAUUUUCUGUCAUGUUCAAAUGCAGUAUUGUACAAUAUGAGUAUAACUAUACUCAACUUUUAUGCACUGAACACAAAUUUGGGAUUUUAUAGAAGGAAGAUUAAAUUCAUUUGGAGGUCAAAAUAAGGUAUAGAUGCCACCAGCAAUAAUUAUGGUAGCUAUUCCUUUAUGUAAUUUGCUAGAUGUGCUAUAAUAACUGAAAUAAAAACAAACCUCUGUCUUAUAAAGUAAUAAUGGCAACUAACUCUUAUUGCCUGGCUGCCAGAGGAAAAAGGCCAUCUCAAAUCAACAUUUAGAUUUUUUUAAAUUCUUCCAAGAUAUUGAUAGGGAUACAAUACUCAGUCAUAAAAGACUUGUACAUUAAUUAGAUGUUGGGUGUCAUGUAGAAAACUUUUGAUUUAACUCUUUUUUGCACCUUGCAGCAGACAUUAUUGACUUGGUGCAUUUUCCCAUCCAAGACAUAUGCAACAUCACUGUAUUAUUGUGAAAGCAGCAAUCCUAACAAAUGUCCUUUCAUUUUAUAAACUGGAAUGAAGCAUGGGAAAAUGUAACCUUGGGUCUAUAUGGAGCUGAUAUUUUAUAUUUAUUUUCAUGUACAUAAUUAUGCGUACUUGGCUGCAAGCCUUUCCCAAAAGAAAGCAAAAGCCUUCUAUUAAACGUUUAGUUGGCUUAAGCAGAUCCUAAAUGCUUUUGAACAGUCCCUGUCAAAAAGACUUAACUCGCUCUACAGCAACAGUGUGUCUGUGAUAUUAUGAAAACAGAACGGUAAGCUUAAGAAGAAGUGGACUGUGAAAUCUGUCAUUGAGGAAGUACUUGCAUAGGGAUAAGGAUGAAGGGAAGGGAAAAUGUUUGGAAGCAUAGCUUGCAUAUGAAGAUGCCUUAUAUUGAAUUGGUGUAUUAGUCCCUCUAAGGCUAGAGGUAUUUUUCACUUACAACAGGUCUUAAGACUUCCCUUGUGUUAUUGCUUGGGUUCCUUUUAGCAGGAGAAGGCAGGAACUAUAAAGGGGACUUUCUAUAUGCACCUGUCAUUAAGAUGUGGCAUCGCACAUGUGGAUGGGAAAUGAAGGCAGGCAAAUAAUUGCUCCUAGAUAGGGAAUAUAGAGUUCUAGACAUGGCAAUAUAAAGACAGCUAGAAAAUGAGGGCAUUUUGAAAUAAAGCUAUGGCACUAAUGCUGUUAAAUGGAAUAGGGAGCCAGGAUAGACACUUCAGAAAAAACUGUGGCUUGCAGUUGAUGGAGGUUAAUAGUUAAAGAAAACAUAUGGCAGCUCGAAGGAAACAUCAAUGGUAGCCUUAGUAUAUGAAGGCUGAGAUACAAGGGCUUUGGCAACAGGUACAGGAAGAGAAAAGCAAGUUUUGAAGAUAACAUGUCAGAAUCUGGUGGCAUCUUAAACAUUUAGAGGACAGCCAAAUGAGAACUUUAUCAAAGACCCUGAAAGCUUUCUGUUGGUUCUUGAGCUGUAGAGGGUUUUUUUCCUAUAUAAUAAAAGGCCACUUCGAUUAAACGUGUGAUCUCACCUUUUUCAUAAUCCUUUGUUGAUAUCUGCAUAGAAAAUGUUUAUAAUGUUGGUACAAUCCUACGGGUCCUAAAAGAAUUCAGCACUUCUAUGCUCCAGAGCAGAAAACAACUUGGAAAGCAGAUUUUAGAAAGGAGGGUGUAUAGUACUUCUUGUGCAUGGCCGUACCAGGAAGCGGCUGAGCAAUUACAGAUAUGUAAGGGCAACAACCAAAAGGUUGGUUAAGCCUUGAUCUGUAAGGGAACUAGUUGGGUUAACAUGAGCCUCAUUUUUAAAGGACAAGCAGUUGGGUGAGUAAUCUAAUUAAGAAGAUUUCGGAAUUGUCAUUUGCGGUGAUUUCAGUGUGCAGUGCUCUCUGUGUGAUGUAUCUGUAGUCAUGGAAAGUACCACAAGUUAAUAUGUCACACAUAAACUUUUUGCAACCGUAGAAGUGUGUGGCUGAGAUGCUUGGUGGUGGAACAGUCCCUGUUAUCUGUGGGGUUUUUUUACAUAUUCUUUGACAUAUUCAUCUUUACAUUUGUUGUAUUUUACUUGUAAUAUAUUCUGCUAUAUCAAAAUACUUUGGUUCACUUACAAAAUCACAUUGUCACAGCUGAUCUCAAGGAAACCUUCAGUAAUGUCAGCGAUGUAGAGACUCUGGAAAGAGAUUUGUGCUGGAACAUAGGAACUGGAUCCAUUUUCUGUCCAAGAAAUUGGAAGAAUUGGUUUUUUUUUUAAGUAUUUGUUUUCUCCUCCUUCUGAACAUUUGUGGUCAUAACCUCUGGGUUGUGUUGCUUCCAGUGGGAUAAGACAAACAGGACAUGUUAGCUACGUAGGUAUCAUUUUAUUGAACUGCCACAGAGGCAAAAACAAGUGGUGAAGGUUGCCCAUUGAGAAGGAAAAUUAAAUUGGUCAUAGACAAGGCAACCAGGAAAAUAGUGGAGUAUUAUGUAAGAUAAGUUAUUCCAGCUCCUGGGGGUCUACUGACAAGUCUGGCUUGUACCAUGCAACUGGUAAUAUUUAUUUGUCCUCUCAAACAGAGAUUUUUGUGAAACUGUAAAUGCCAUUUAAUUAUGUUUGUAGGUGCUAUUUUGCUAGUGUACAUGUAGAUAUUUACAAAAAUGUAUUUCAAAGUUACUUGUUUAAAGAAAAUGCUAAAUAUAUUAUGUUUAAUACAA